GGAAAGAGGAAAGCAGAGAGAGAGUUCUCCAUACUAUCAACAGCUACAACACAUAUUUAUCUACACAGCUAGACAGAAAGCCCAGGCAGAGGACAAUGAGCGUAAAUGGAAAGGAACCUCCACCCUACAACACACCAGUUGAAGGACAAGGUGAUAGUGGGGUGAAGGUAUAUCAUGUCCAUACCCCCUUCAACCCUCCUUCCUCCACCAUCCCCUCCAGUGACUACUCUGUGUUUCAGUCUCAGUCUCAGGGAAAGCCAGUGUACACCAGUGGAGGAGGUGGUAUUGGAGGAGGUGGGGAAACUCCCACUCAGAAGUUUGUGAGUUAUGACACAGAACUGGGCCGUUCAGAGGGCAUGACCACCUGUACUUCCUGUCAACAACAGGUGAUGACGAACGUGACCUAUAAAGUCGGAGCCUACGCCUGGCUCAUGUGCAUCCUCUUCAUCCUCUGUGGGUUGGUAGUGGGCUGCUGUCUGAUCCCGUUCUUCAUGAAACACUUUAAGGAUGCGUACCACUCCUGUCCUCGUUGCAACCGCAUUAUCCACGUGGACAAGCCACGCUGCUGCUGACCACCCUACCACCACCCACCACUAGGGGAGCUGUUGCUGACCGCCAUACCACCACCCACCACUAGGGGAGCUGUUGCUGACCGCCAUACCACCACCCACCGCUCUACCACCACCCACCACUAGGGGAGCUGCUGCUGACCACCCUACCACCACCCACCACUAGGGGAGCUGUUGCUGACCGCCAUACCACCACCCACCGCCCUACCACCACCCACCGCCCUACCACCACCCACCGCCCUACCACUAGGAAAGCUGCUACUGACCACCAUAACAUCACCCACCACUAGGGGAGCUGUUGCUGACUGCCAUACCACCACCCACCACUAGGAGAGCUGCUACUGACCACCAUAACAUCACCCACCACUAGGGGAGCUGUUGCUGACUGCCAUACCACCACCCACCACUAGGGGAGCUGCUACUGACCGCCAUACCACCACCCACCACUAGGGGAGCUGUUGCUGCCUGCCACACCACCACCCACCACUAGGGGAGCUGUUGCUGACUGCCAUACCACCACCCACCACUAGGGGAGCUGUUGCUGAUUGCCAUACCACCACCCACCACUAGGAGAGCUGUUGCUGACCGCCUUAAUACCACCCACCACUAGGAGAGCUGCUACUGACCGCCAUACCACCACUAGGGGAGCUGUUGCUGACUGCCAUACCACCACCCACCACUAGGGGAGCUGUUGUUGGCUGCCACACCAUCGCCCACCACUAGGGGGAGCUUCAGAUAGAAAUGUGUUGUGUAGAACAGACAUGAUUCCCUGGUAAAUGUCUAUCUAUAUUCCCUUGAGUAACCUUAUACAGGACCUUCAGAUAGAAAUGUGUUGUGUAGAACAGACAUGAUUCCCUGGUAAAUGUCUAUCUAUAUUCCCUUGAGUAACCUUAUACAGAACCUUGAGAUAGAAAUGUGUUGUGUAGAACAGACAUGAUUCCCUGGUAAAUGUCUAUCUAUAUUCCCUUGAGUAACCUUAUACAGAACCUUGAGAUAGAAAUGUGUUGUGUAGAACAGACAUGAUUCCCUGGUAAAUGUCUAUCUAUAUUCCCUUGAGUAACCUUACACACAUUUCUAUCUGAAGGUUCUGUAUAUGUCAGUUUGUCAACCCAGGGCCUUAAUCACGGGAAUAUAGAUAGUAAUGUAUACAUUUACCAGGGAAUCAUGUCUGUUCUACACAACACAUUUCUAUCUAUAUUCCCUUGAAUAAGGCCCUUGGUUGACCAACCGACAGACAACGAGCCCAAUAUUCAGAUAAUUAUCAUUAUAGCUAUGAUUCCUACAAAUCGGGCGUCCUUUAGUGCUCUCCCCAGGUCUUCCCCCCCCCCUUUCAGAAAGCUGUUAUGUACAUAAAGGACUGAACUGGGUGUUUUACCUUAUUUUAGAAUAAACCAAAUAUGAUUUUAUUGAGAAAACUCAUUAUUCUAACUGUCAACUACAAUGACGUGCAACAACAUCUCACAGCUGACCUGAUGUUCUGUUAUAUUGUCUAACACCACACAGCUGACCUGUUCUGUUAUAUUGUCUAACACCACACAGCUGACCUGAUGUUCUGUUAUAUUGUCUAACACCACACAGCUGACCUGUUCUGUUAUAUUGUCUAACACCACACAGCUGACCUGAUGUUCUGUUAUAUUGUCUAACAUCACACAGCUGACCUGAUCUGUUAUAUUGUCUAACAUCACACAGCUGACCUGAUCUGUUAUAUUGUCUAACAUCACACAGCUGACCUGAUCUGUUAUAUUGUCUAACAUCACACAGCUGACCUGAUGUUCUGUUAUAUUGUCUAACACCACACAGCUGACCUGAUGUUCUGUUAUAUUGUCUAACAUCACACAGCUGACCUGAUGUUCUGUUAUAUUGUCUAACAUCACACAGCUGACCUGAUGUUCUGUUAUAUUGUCUAACACCACACAGCUGACCUGAUGUUCUGUUAUAUUGUCUAACACCACACAGCUGACCUGAUGUUCUGUUAUAUUGUCUAACACCACACAGCUGACCUGAUGUUCUGUUAUAUUGUCUAACAUCACACAGCUGACCUGAUGUUCUGUUAUAUUGUCUAACAUCACACAGCUGAUCUGAUGUCCUGUUAUAUUGUGUAACACCACCACACAGCUGACGAGAAAUGGAGUACUGUUAUAUUGCUUAUAUAGAUUAUAUGCCUCUAAUAAAAUAUAUGAUCACUUUU